UACAAGCAGAUAUGCUCCACCAUUAUACACAUUUCAGCUUCCAGUUCCAGGUGCCAAAGCCCUCUCUGAGUCCAGAUUCCAGAUACUGCGUUCUUUUUCUUUCUGUUUGGUUGCUUUCGAUUUCUUAACUACUUUUUCACUUGCUCUCUCUCUCGUUGCACUGCUCAAUUUUCGUUUUUUACUCGAUGGAAGAAGCUUUUAGGAGACUAAAGGGAGUCGUUAAUGUGCCUGACCUUGACCCACGAGAUGCCACCACCUAUGGCAAGAAGUCCGCCGUCUCAACUACAACCUCCGCCACUUCCACAACCACAACCAGCACAACGCCAACAACGACAAACAAGAGGUCUCUCAAAGAAAAUGGUGGCACUGGUGGGACCAUGAGGUACCGCGGAGUUCGCCGCAGGCCUUGGGGCCGUUACGCUGCUGAGAUACGAGACCCACAGUCCAAAGAGAGGCGGUGGCUUGGCACUUUUGACACGGCCGAGGAGGCUGCUUGCGCUUAUGACUGUGCGGCUCGAGCUAUGCGUGGAAUCAAGGCUCGAACCAAUUUCGUUUACCCUGUGUCUGAGCCUCACUCCGCCAGCGACCACCUUCUUCCUCAGUUCAACUUCUCUAGGCAAUCACAGCCGUCCAUCAGGGAUCUUAACAGGAAGCAUCAUCAUUUUGGGCACUCUUCUAAGUGGCCACCGUUUGCUAACUCCCAAGUGGGAGACUUCUCCUUAGGGCCUGGGGGGCAUCAAAGAAAUGCUUCUUUGAACAUGCUUUUAUUACGUGACCUCUUAAAUUCGUCUUCAUAUUUAUCUUUCCAGGCGCCUCCUCCGUUCCUGGUUGACCAAUUUCAACUGAUCAAUGGAACAUCAUCUGCUGCUUCUUCAUUACCUUCUUCUUUCUCUAUUCCAACCAUUUUGCCUGGUGGUACUUCGUUGAAUUCCCCAACCAGCUGUUCUCUACGGGCAAGCGGUAACUUUGCAGAUUCUUUCAUUGACUCAACUAUGACUCUUCCUCGCAAGGAAAAGAAUUCGAGUCAUAAAACAAGUGUGCCCGCCCUGUCAAAUAUUCAAGCUGAUGAUAUGGAGUUCUUCCGAUCGGAGCCUUCUGAUUCUGGCUUGUUGCAGGAGAUAAUUCAGGGAUUCUUACCGAAACCCAGCUUAAAGAAAUCAGAUACUGAUUGUAUUCAACAUUCCAUCGUUCCACCAGUGACUGAGAUGUCAUCCAGCCAGUCCCUGAGUGGGUUGAAGGAGAGCAAGAAGAGUGAGCAUUUAGGUGGUUAUAUAGAUUACUGUCAGGGGGUUCCUCAGCAGUUUGAGAGUUUCAAUGGAAUCACAGGUUCUCAACUGGUGCCAUACAGUAAUGAGAUCCCGGUGAACCAUCUACAGCUGGGUCAAGACUGCAUGGUGGAUGAUAUCUGUCAGUACCCAGAUAUCAUGAGAACCUUAGCGACUAGGGUUCAAAAUGGUUAAGUCCAUCACAGUGCAAGUUGAAAACCAACAUGCCCAUUUGUGGAUCAUAUCUGUUGACACAAUUGGAAUGCUGAGUUUAGGGCUUUUGAAGUCAAGAUCAAGUCAUUGGAUACCUAAUUAUCAUCAACUAGAAGCUUAUUGAUAGUUACUAGUAGUAGUAGUUUUAUUAUUAUAUAAUGUAAUGUAAUCCCAGGAUGGCUAAGUUGUCUUCUCUCUUAUGCUUUAGCAUUGGAAAUAAUUAAAAGAAAAGAAAAAGAAAGUGUUUCUUGUUUAGUAAAAGAAGCAAAGUUGUAGGCAUGAUGUCUGUCAAUCUGCGUUGACCUUGGAAUACAAAAGGUCUGGCAUUUGUCGGGCUUUUGGGUUCUACGUUCUGGUUUAAACAAUAA